UUUCUUGUGUAUGCAGGAUUUGGAAGUUGAGGGAAAACUGCCUGAGAAUGUUAACUAUCAUGAAGGAGUGUUCUACAAUUAUUUCAGUAUAGGAAUGGAUGCCCAAGUGGCUUAUGGUUUCCAUCAUCUACGCAAUGAGAAACCCUACCUUGCAAAUGGUCCUAUUGCGAAUAAGAUAAUAUAUUCUGGUUAUGGUUGCACGCAAGGCUGGUUUUUCACUCCUUGCACUAGUGAUCCAAGUUUAAGGGGACUUAACAACAUACUGCGGAUCCAUGUCAAAAAGGUCAAUUGCUCAGACUGGGAGAAGGUUACAGUUCCUUCAAGUGUAAGGUCAAUAGUUGCUAUGAAUCUUCAUAGCUAUGGAAGUGGAAGAAACCCCUGGGGUAAACCAAAGCCUGAGUAUUUGGAAAAGAGACAAUUUGUUGAAGCCCAUGUGGAUGAUGGACUUCUGGAAAUAUUUGGUCUAAAGCAAGGAUGGCAUGCAUCAUUUGUCAUGUUUGAACUUAUAUCUGCGAAGCACAUUGCUCAGGCAGCUGCUGUUCGGUUGGAGCUGAUAGGUGGGGAGUGGAAAAAUGCUUAUAUGCAAAUGGAUGGAGAACCCUGGAAACAGCCAUUGGAUAAGAACUUGUCCACAAUCUUGGAAAUAAAGAGGGAGCCUUACCAGUCAUACAUGAUUCGUGGAGAGUAAUUCUUUUUUUAAUAUUCACCUUGAUUUGCUUACAUAGUUGGGAUUCUUUCAGGGCGUGUAAAUUGUAUGUAUUAUAGGUACUGACGCUUGUUUGAACAAUGUGUUCGGAAACUAGCUUCACUUUUUAUUGUG